AUGCAAGUCAACACCCCGCCCUCUGUCAACGUGGGCGUCCUCAUCCGCCGCCCUCCACACGCCGUCUUGGAAGCGCUCGCCGACCCAUCCAUGACCACGCGCUUCUGUGGGAAAUGCAUGUACGGCGUCUCCACGGCGGUGUACGUUGACGCGGUAGUGCCCGACCAUCUCAUCCGCUUCCGAUGGGGCAUGUACGACGAGGAUAGCCCGUCCACUGUGGAGUUUCGUAUUAUUCCAUGUCCCUGCCACGACGGCACUGCGUAUCUGCGCGUCGUGGAGACGGGGCUUCACGGGCCACAGCGACAGCCAGGUCAUAAGGGCGGUCGGAUCCACGGCGGGCUUCACCUUUGUGCUGAGCGCGUUGAAGGCCGUGCUGGAGCAUGA